AUGGGGAGAGAGAGAGAGAGGGGAGAAGAGAAAGGGUGUGCGAGAAACAAGAAGGGAGAGGCUUCAUCUAUGCACGAGAGAGAGAGACAGGGAGAGAGAGAGGAGAAGAGAACGGGUGUGCUAGAAACAAGAAGGGGGAGGCUUCAUCUAUGGACGAGAGAGAGAGAGGAGGAGAGAAAGGGUGUGCUAGAAACAAGAAGGGAGAGGCUUCAUCUAUGCACGAGAAAGAGGGACAGAGGGAGAGAGAGAGGAGAAGAGAACGGGUGUGCUAGAAACAAGAAGGGGGAGGCUUCAUCUAUGGACGAGAGAGAGAGAGGAGGAGAGAAAGGGUGUGCGGGAAACAAGGAGGGAGAGGCUCCAUCUAUGCACGAGAAAGAGGGACAGAGGGAGAGAGAGAGGAGAAGAGAACGGGUGUGGUAG